GAGAUGACUGAAAUUGAAAAAAAUUGACGAGAUUUUUGUGAGAACUUUCCAAUUAAUUUGACUUUCAUUUACUGACUACAUAGGAACUUCAUAGCCACAAUGGAUAGCAACAUACGUCUGUUGCUUGCCUCGGUUCAACAGUACGGAGUUCUUCAUGGGGAGAAUUCAGCAUUACAUCAAGCAUAUGAACUGCUGAAGACAGUUGCAGACAGUAGACCAAAUACAGAUGGUCCUGAAGCAUUCGGUCAUGACUUGUAUGUCCUGUGCGCUGAGAUCGCAUUCCAGAAUGGUUACCCUGAUAUAACCAAGGAUUGUCUACGUAUGUACUUUAUGAAGACACCGCCACCUAAUCAGUUUUUGUGCCGUGCAUAUCUCUGUCAGUCGCAGCUACUUGCGCCGUCCUCCGCUGAAAACCCGAGCCAACUUGAAAAGGCAGUUGUCUAUCUUCUGAAAGCUAUCAGCUUUGCAAAGGAGAACACAAGGUAUCACUUCCUCGUAUACAAUGCCUCUGUCUUGUACUGGCAGUUUUGUCGUCCAUUCCUGAAACCUAAUUACAGGCAAUACCUGUCAAUCAGCCUCCACCAAGUGGUGAAAGCCCUGGACGACAUCGAUGACAAAGACUAUGAAUGGCGGGCACAGUUGAUGAUAGCGUUAAUUGAGUGUCAUGUAGACGCCGGACGAAUGAAAGAAGCAGCAGAAGUCAGCAAAGCGACUGCGGAAUUCACCAAGUCGCAUAUUCCAGUUCUGUUUAAACAGGUUCUCAGAUUACAGGUUCGUUACCAACUAGUUGAUCAGAAUAAGAUUGCCAAGGAACUCCGAAGUAAUCCAGAUCUCACUGCACUUCAUAAAAUUUUAAAAGUUAAAGUAAUGUUGGAUCAGCGAGAUAGCAGUGUUGAUGUACACAAUGAACUGGAGAAAGUUCUGAAACAUAUCCUACGAGAUGACUCUGGAUCCCGGGCAUCCAGCUCCAUGUCUGCUCAGAGUGGUGGACGAAGAACUACCACUCCUAGUGCAUCAUCAAUGCAACCUGUCAGUCAAGAUGAGAAGAUUAAACGAGAUAGUUCCAGCUCUCGAAGUCGUAAAACGCCUGGUGACUGCAUUACCAGUGGUGAAAUGUCCAGGCCUGUAUUAUUGUUGGAACUGGCACGGCUAUGCAAUGAAUAUGAACAACCAGAUCUGACAUCAGUUACCAUUGAAAACAUGAAACAGUGCACCUUCAAAGUAAUACACAUUUAUUUACAUGGCUGUAUUUCUUUUUACUUCCAGGAUACUGGUGUCAUGUUGGAAAUGGAGUUUUUAGAAGCUGAACUGACAGUGAAAAAUCUUGGAGAAAAGCAGGAGUUUUAUACCAAGUCUGCUUUUGAUGUAAGAAUACAGGCACUGAAGAGACUGGAAGAAGCCGUACAGAAUGCUGUAAGACAUGGUGAUCCUAACAUCAUACAGGCUGGUUGUGUUACACACUGGAAUCUAUGUCUACCAUUACUGCAACCAAACCUUAGGCAGUAUAUACGCAAGACUUUAACUAUUGUAGCUGAAGCAUUGGAGAAAAUUGAUAGUUUGUUGAUUUUACUACGCUGUCAAAUCCACAUGGAGUUAGCAAAAUGCGAAGAGGACGAAGAACAGAUAUCAGUUGCUAUGGAUCAUUUGAAAAAGGCUAUUUAUUUAGAUGAUGGCGGGCAGUACAGAGAGAGGCUAGAAGUCGCUCUACACAGACUGAAACUAAGAGCGGAGUUGUAUCAACAACCAGAAAACCCAAUCGACCAAGCUGCUAUGAUUAUUGAACAGGCUCGUAAGAGUGCAGAAUCUGGCACGAUUCUCAUGAAGAGAGCAUUACUGAUGAGAGCAGGACAAGCUUUAUCUCCUGAUGCUUUCCUACUUGUCCUGGAUAGUGAAAGUGAAAGUUUUAAAGAAGGAGCUGGUGGACGAGGGGUUCAAACCCAAAUAUCCAAACUUGGAGCGAAGGCUAAGCAUUUCCAGAAAAUGCUAAGUAAAACAGAUGGUCACUUGAUCAGACUUGGCAAUGAAAAUGACAGAGACAGAGCUCGUCUGUGGGCUGACUUGGCAAAGACAGCUCGCAAACAGGAAGUAUGGGAUGUCUGUCGAGUAGCAUCCCGAUUUUGUUUACUUUAUGAUGAUAUCAGAUGGAACAUUCCCAAGGCUACCAGUACACCUAGAGUAGAAGUUGCAAGUCAAGCCAGCAACUUGCAAGAUGGGGAGACAGUUGCAACACCAGGACCUGGAAAGAAGAGAGAGCAACCAGCACAGCCACCGGUAGAACCAGUUGUGUCCCAUUCAGACAGAGACCUUGUACGGUUAUUGGCUGAAAUACACUUCCUGAAUUCUGAGGCCCAGAUUCAUCUCCUGAGAUCAGAAGGUAUACAACUGAAUGAUAAACCCAUUCCUCCAGUUGAUAAGAGUAAACAUCCUAAGGGUUAUGUUGCUAAGAAACCAGAAGAGGAUCCUGACUGGAUUGUGUACUGUGAAUGGAUUAAAUCUCUGAGUGAUAAUACCACUAAGGGUUUCCUACGUGCUGCGGAGUUAGGUAUUGAGUUGAAUGAACCAUGGAUUGUAUGCAGUGCUGCUGCUUACGUGUGGAAUUACAACAACCACGUCCUAACGCAGAAUAGACACAGAGAAAUUAUCAGUCCACUGGCUGCAUUGCUGGAUGCAUUGAAAGUAGUGGGACAUGCUGGAGAGACUGUGUUGCUGGUACAGCUGUGUACAGCAUUGGCUUUUGGUUACAUUAAACCGUGGAUACCUGAAGCACCAACCAGGGAUUCUGUGGUGUCACCAACCAAAGGGGUGUCCGCAGACAAGGUCGCUUCACCAAAGAAACCUAAAUCCAUUCCAAGUCCUAAAAGCAAGAUCCAGAGCUUAUCAGUUGAUCAACAAGGAAUGGAUGAUAUCAAGAAAGCCGUUGAGGUAUGUGAGUAUGGUAUUGAUGUCACUAACGGUACUAGAAAGAUGGAUAUUAUUCCAAUAGAUGUACGCCAUCCACUCCUACAAAUAUGGGUUCAUAGUAAACAACUACUUGGUCAACAAAUACACAGAUCUUUGGGAUGCGAGGAUGAUGUAAAUGGCCAAGGUCAGCGACCUAUGACAAGAUGUCUGGUGGCAACCGAGAUGUUAUCAUUAAAUGGCAAAGGAUUGAACGAUUUCAAAGAAGGACCACCUUUAGCUGAAACUGUUAACAUGGUUGAUACAUGUCAGUGGUCAGACCCAUUAGUUGAAUUACAGAUUUGGACACGACUAGCUGACUUGGCAUUUUCCAACCGUAACCAUAAUAUAGUUAUGAAGUGUUCCGGUAAAGCAUUGGAAUUUGAUGCUGACAAUAACAAUGCUGCUCCUAAACUGAAGAAGAAUGACAAUUUUAAUUACAUGGUGCAACAAGAGAUGUUGAGUUAUGCCAGUUGUAUAAUGGGACAAAGUCUCAUGGAUAAUAUGCAAGGAAAGAAUGUAGUGAGAAGAUCUGCAUUAGAGGCAUUUGUAAAUGCCGCUAGGUACGGUCGCAGAGCUGAUAACUACAAGUUAGUGAUAACAGCAGCACGGCAUUAUUGGAAUUCUGCUCUGCCAUUGGUCAGUGAGCCAAUAGAAAGACAGCUACUAAGACAGCCAUUGGCUGUAAUAUUAGAAUGUAUAACAGCCACUGUGGAGAGAAGCAAAAAAGAGGAGAAGAAAAAGACAGAGAAUGGAACUGAGUCAGAUGAUCCUGUGAAAUCAGUGCCUCCAUCAGCUCCUACAUCAUCACUCGGUAGUAUGUCACCUUUAUCUCAAGCAUUUGGUGAUCCUGAGAGUGAUUUAACAUUACGAGCAGCUAUGUAUGGAGUAUUGUUCCAAUCCUAUGCUGACAAGGGUGAUUGGGAACAAGGUUUGGCUGCAAUGGACAAAGCAGUCAAUGAUAUGCCGAGGACUAAGCACCGACUAUUAAUCUUCAAACAUCGUGUUAUGGUUAAAGCUAAACUGGGAAGAAACUUGCAUAUGGAUAUUGCUAAGUUCAAGGAUGAAAGUGAAGAUUACGUGGCUCACAUGUGGCGCAAAGUAGCUCUGUGUUCUAAAGAUCAAUUGGAACAGUUGACAUCCUAUCAAAUGGCCAUAGAGGCAUUGCAGUCCAGUGCUAGUGAGUGGCAGAAGGUGGAUUACUUACUGGAGUUUGCAGAGUGGCUAUACAUUAAUGAGUUCUCAUUACAAGACUGUUUAGACCAGGUGGAGUGGGCUGUAGAUGUCCUCCUUAAUAUGAAGAUGGAGGUGUCCAAACCUAGUGGAUCAGCUAAGAAAAAGAAAACAGCGAAAAAGGGCAAAAAAUCACCCCGUCCUAGUUCUGCAGCACCAUCUACCGUUACGGAGACACACACCGGGGCCAGCGAAAGCGAGGAUGAAUUCAAUUUCGGAGACUUCAUUCCUGUGAAGGGCAAAGCUGUGAUUGGUGUUCCAGUAGCGAACACAGCUCUGACUGUGAAAGACUUGACCCAUGUACGUCAGUUAGAAACGCUAAUCAGGGCACACGUAAUGCUUGCCAAGAUGGCGGGAAGGUCUUCUUCAUACCACGCUGAUUAUUGUAUUUCUGCAUAUGGAUAUAUUAUCAGACUCUGGCAGGUAUGUCUGCCGUCAGCUGGCAAAGUCAUGAAAGAGCUGGCCACAAGGCAAGCUACUGAACAAACCAACACAGGCAAGGGUUCACCAAAGGGUAAAAAAGGCAAGGAUGGCAAAGGUAAAGAGGGAGAAACACCAAGAGAUAAACCAAAACGUAAGGGUCCAUUGGAUGCCAUACCUGCACACCUGAUGACUGGGCAAGUUAUGAUGUACCAGAUGAGUCAUAAUUUAGCACAAGAUAUAACAGGUCUAAAUGCUAGUGAAAUGUCUGUGCGUUUUUUUGCAUUCAGUGAUGUUACUCCAGUCACCUGCUACAUUGUUGCUGUUUCUGAUAUGUUAACAUUACACUACUUAGAUGACUUAGUAACUGAACUGUGUGAGCUUGGUUUCCAUCAUCUGACAUUACCAGUGUUAGCUUUGGCUGAGACUGUUGCUCACGAUACCUUGGGAUCUAAAUCAUUAGCUGUGCUGUAUCACCUAAAGUCCAUGGAGGUAUGUCAAGAACUGAACCUGGCCUCAGCUGUGAAGUACCAUGAACAAUUAAUUGGUGAUAUCAACAUUAAUGAGGAAGAACAAGCUAGAUCUCGUGAGGAGAUCUCUAAAUGGAAAGAAAAGCAAAUCCAAGUACGAAAGGAAGAAGUUCGAGUGCAAGAAUCGCAGAAACAAAUUAGGUUUGAUGAAAGUGAAUCUAGGUUACGACAAUCUAAAAGUUUCACACCACCUGAUCAGAAGACGGAUAUUAAAGAAUCAGUAAAAGGAUUAAGUAUGCACCUAAGUGGUUUGAAUCUGAGAAAAAUGUGGACAGAUGAAGCUGCAAUCCUCAUUAGAUUGGGUCAUUAUCAGACAGCUCGUCAGAUGUUACAUGAAGCACAUUUAUCAGCCUUGGCAUUUGAUGAUGAAGUGAUAGAGGCACAGGUGUUGUUUCAUCUUGCUAGACUGUCAUACCAUGAAGCUAAUAUGGGCCAGGUUAUUCAGUUGUUAAAUCAAGCCCAGGUAUUGCCAUGUGAUGAACUAUUCUGGUUGCGUACAACUUUACUACUUGUCGAUGCAAUCUUGGGUGAUAGUGAGAACUCAGAAAGAUUCAACAAAGCCAGGGCCGUAGUACUCAAAGCUGUGGCAACAUUUAACGAUAUUGCGCUGCAGAGACCCAAUAAGUCAUCUGUGGUCUUGUACAUCAAAGCUACUCUAGAGGCAAAAUAUGCAUCUAUACAAGUUAGUCAUGUGUUAGCAGAGAGUGGUAAUACAAUGAAAACUAAAGCUAACAAGGAAUUGAUGACAGCAUGUCAGAGAUUUCAACAAAGUGUCGAUCAACUGCUUCAUUGUGGUCAUCAUCGAGAUGCCAUCAAAAUACUUCAGCAGCACGCUGGUGUGCUCCGACUGUUUGCAUGUGAUUCUAUCGACAAAGAGCAGCAACAUGGAUUCCUGUUACAGGCCAAGAAAAUCCUGCAUAAAGCUGUCAGUGUUGGCGAUGAGAUUUUACAAGAUGUGGUCACUCUGUCAUCUUUGCAAGAAAUGCGUAACAUGAGUCUGCCGUUGCAGAGAGAAGUAGUUGCCAUCAAGAUAACCUAUGCUGAGCUGUUAAUUGAUAUGUUUGUUAUCUAUGCAAAUGAAAAAAGACAACAUCAGUUAUCUGAAGCUAGGAAAGCAUCUAUCAUUAAGACUGUAGAAGAGUUUGUGUCUGCCACACCUGUACUCAGCAAUGUGAACAAAGAAUGGCAGGAUACUGCAAGUUGCCUAGGUGAGAUGGCUCUACUACAGCUAACUAGCUCUCACAAUAUGGCUGCUUCCAUCACUGAGUUGAAAGCAAAGAGUUUGUAUAACAUUGGUAGAUGUUUACGUAUGCUAGGUUUACAUGCAGCUCCUGAUGCAGCAGCUCAGUGGGACGUACAUGAUAUGCAUUUAUCACAGAGUGAUGGACCACCUGUUGCACCUCCACCAGCUCCACUAGCAGAUGUACAUAAAUCAGGCGAUGGUAGAGAGAGUGUCGGUAGUGGUGUGGAGGCCGAACAUUUAGACGAUCAAAAUGACUUAGACGCUAACUCUAAACAGUACAUCAAGUAUUCAAUGAUAGCAGACAAGAUGAAGAGUGACCAAGCACUAUGUGAUCAUUAUCUAGCGCAGGCCAGUGAAGUCCUCAGUCAAUGUGUUCACCUUGCCUUACAGAAAGGAUACACAGAUAUUGUAUCAGCAGCUUGUUUAGAAAUGGUAGAGGUUUGUGGACAGUUUGAUCCAAGCUCUGCCACUCAAUACUUGGCAAUUUAUCAGAGUUGUCAAGCUUCUUUGAGUUUGGAAAAUGUAUUGUGUAGAGCCCAGCGUGAUCCGACCACUUCACAACAAGCAGCGUUGAUUCACCAACGCCAACACUUGCUGUCAGAUAAUGUCACAAGCAACCUAGUGCGAAGCAGCAUUAUGAAAUCAAUUAAUAGUCAUCUACAAGAAGAGUCUGAAGCAUGGAAGCAUUUGACUGUCACUCCACACCAUAUGGAGAUCAUCAAAGAACUACCGUCCAAUUUCACUAUCUUGAUGUUACAACACUCACAGGAUAAAUCUUUACUUUAUGGAGCCUUGUUGGAUAAACCAAAAUCAGGAGGAGGAAAAGAGUCGCGUCCUAAAGCCGGUGCCGCCCAAGGUUCCAAAGCUAGAGUUGUAAGAACCAUAGUGGAACCCACAGCCUUGGACGAUUUACUGAGAAAAUUUCGUCAAUUCAAGUUUGAUGUGAUGCAGAUGUUAUUGAAAGCUGAGUAUCAGAGAUCACAGCAAGCACAGAGAAAAAAGAUGCUGGAAAACCUAGAAGAUAACUUGGAGACAAAAUCUCCCAAGGAGCUAUCAGAUGAGAUAAUAAAAGAAGAAGAAAGACUGCGAGACAAAUUUAUUGAAUUGUUGGUUGCAAUGGAGGAUUAUCUCAGACCAGUGUCAGCUGUGCUUGAACAUGCACUCAGACCACCUGAUUUAUCCACGUCAAUGAGUGGCAAAGACAGCCAGCCAAUAGAAGACUAUGUGAUCAUCCUGGCAGAUAAAUGGUUGCUGGAAUUACCUUUAGAGGCUUUAGCUAUGUUCCAACUACCUAGCAUAUUCUCUCUAUCAAGAGACUUCUCCCUACAGAUGCUGUACAAUAGGAUUCAUCGGGAGCCAGAAGAAGAAGGAGAAGACAAAAAGAAGAAAGAAGCUAAGGCUAAAGCCAGUAAAACUGCAGCUAAAGAUAAAAGUAAAAAUGUCAAGAUGGUUCCAAUAGAUAGAAAUAUACCGACUGGUUGCCUGCCACUCGAUACACAUGGUUUUAGGUACGUAGUUGAUCCCUUUGAUGAAUGCUCUGAAAACGAAGUUUACAGUCCUAUAGAGAUUAUGUCAGAGGCCUUGAAGAAGUAUCAGAGCCAAUUCACUGGUAGAUGGGAAGGAAUUGUGGGUAAAGAGCAUGUACCAAGUGCUGGUGAAUGGGAGAUGCAAUUAACAGAUGGAACUGCAUUUAUUAUGUAUGGAAUGGAGAAGUUCUUAUCAUAUCUCCCGCCAGAAAAACUCAUCCCAAUGAACCUCUCAGAGUGCUUAUUUGUUAUGCUGUUAGACCAAGUCCAAACCAACCAGAGUUUCUUGAGACAGUCUAAAAUUGAUGUGAUCAAAAGCACAACUGAUCUGUCUUUAGAGAGACCUGUAGAGACAGCAAUGUUACUGAGUUUAACUGGUGUUGGUUGUGUUUUAUCUAACCAGUGGCACUGUACUCUGUGUGACAAUUCUGAUAAGUUCAACACAGCAAUGAAAGGUAUACUCGAACUGGGUAGAACUACCGGCCAGAUGACCCGCAGAAUGUUUAUUCCAAACUGGAAAGCACCUGGAGAGGAUGAGACAGAAGGGGAAGAAGGAGAGGAAGGAAAAGACAGUAAAGUCGAGAAAGAGGAGAAACAUAAGGAUGGUAAAGACAGUAAGCUUGGUAAAAGAAAGGAUGGAAGUCGGCCAACAAGUCAGAAAAAACAGCCUCCUGUCAAACCAGAAAUCAAAGUUGAUAUUAGUAAAGGUGAUGAGGAAGGCGAAGAUGGUACGGAUGAAGAUAGUAUUACUAGUAGACAGUGGUAUAAUUUGGUUUGUUAUGGUUUACCUAACUUGGUUGUUACUUAA